UUGACAAUUCGUAUUAUUUGUUUUUGUUUUGAAAAAAGUUAAAAAGAUAAGAAAAAAAUAAAUUUUAAUUUUCCACUAAUAUCUAUGGUCAAAUAGAAAAAUGUCCCUCCGCAAAGCAAAAUCUAGACAACCGGAAACAAUCCGAACUGUUCAAAAAGAUCUAACAUACACAAAUGAGCUAACCGAAGAUCUAUCCGAUAUACUGCGAAUGUCCGGUCCUCGUAAUUGGAUAAAAUAUAAUAAUGUUUGUAAAUUAAUUGCCGAAAUUGUCUACCAUGGAUUUGCUACCUGCAAUAAUUUACAAACUCUUGGUGAAGAAUAUACUGGUAUUUUACAAAUUGACUGUAACUAUAUAAAUGCACCAUCAAAGAUACUUAGACUAUCAGCAAUUAUCUUAGAAUUUGGUGGUGAAACAUUAUACACAAAAGUCCUAAACAAUCUAGAAAGAAAUAUUGAUAGUAACGAAGAUAUUUUACCUGAAGCUAAAGAAAAAUUAAAAAUUUUAAUACAUUACAUGCGAAAUUCAGUUUCCUACGUUAAAGCCUUGCAUAAAACAUUGUUUUAUUUGAAUUCCAAUAAGUAUCAAAUAUCCAAGAGAAUAACUGGAAUAAAUUAUGUUCUGAUAAGACAUUGGAUGCAACCCGAUCACUCGUUGUAUGGCUACAGAAUCCUUGGAUGGAUAACACUUCUUCAAUUGGUUAUAACUUUUGUUGUAGGUUCGUUUGAAGCGUGGAAGGAGUCACAAAGAAAAUCAACUGGACGCAAUAGUAGUAGCCAAAAACUGGAACGCCUUUUAGGCACACAAAAAUCAAGAGACGCACCUCAGUGUAUUUUGUGCCUGGAACCGAGAAUCAAUACAAGUUUAACUCCAUGUGGACAUAUCUUCUGUUGGCAUUGUAUACUAGAAUGGCUUGACGAGCGAGAUGAGUGCCCGUUGUGCAGGGAGAAUAUAAACAAAUCUAAUGUUAUACAACUUCGAAAUUUUGUAUGAAAAUCUGUUACAUUCCUUUGAAUAUGUUUAAUUUUAGUGUGAUGGGGUAUCUACUAUUCACUUUUUUUGUAAUAAAAUAUAUUUUGUUUGGGAGACACAAA